GUGUUCAGUUGAUUUGUUUUAUUUUUAGUGAUUGUUAUUAGUGAACAAUUUAGUUUAAUCCAAUUAAAUGUUUGUUUAAUUGUUAAUUGUGGUAAAUUGUAGUUAAAAAGUUAACGAAUUUAGAAUAGUCGGUGUUUUAAACAAUAUGAUUUUCUCUUCACAAUUAAUCUCAACUGAAUCUGCUCUUCGUUUUAAUCAACCAGCAUCUCGGUGUUUACAUCAUACAUUUUACAUUCUUGUUAACACUAAUCAGUGAUUGAUUAGAUUCGUUUAAUGAUACUUCGUUUAUAAGUUAACCUUUUUUCCCCUUCGUUUUGAAAGAUCAAAUUUUGGAACAAAAUAAGAAUUUUAAUUUUUCUAUUCUAUUUUAUAAAUCAACACAAAUUCUUUCAAUUGUUUUACUUAAUCUCAGCUCUUGCGAUCAAAUAGUGUGACAACAAGUUGAUAAGUUGAAAACCAACAUGAUGGAUAUUAGCAAAUCUUCAUCGAUUCCAACAACUCAAUUGGAAUUGUCAAUAUCAUGUCAAAAUCUUCCUAACCUUGAUACCUUUUCUAAAAGUGACCCCCGAUGUACACUAUUUAUGAAACAUUUAUCUGAACGUGAGUUUAGAGAGCUUGGUAAAACGGAGAUAAUCAAUGAUGACCUGAAUCCCCAUUUUGUCCGUAAAUUUGUGGUCAAUUAUAAUUUUGAAACGGUUCAAAGGUUACGAUUUGAACUAUGGGAUAUCGAUACAAUGUCAAAUGAUUUUCUUGGUUAUCAUGAGACAACUUUGGCUGAAAUUGUUGCCUUUCAAGGUCGUGAAUAUGUUGGCCCAUUAAUGGACCAAAGAGGCCGAUCAGCAGGAACCAUAACCGUAGUGGCAGAGGAAAUAGCCAACUGUAAACGUGGUGUUUACAUAAAACUCAAAGGCUGUGAUAUUUUGGGCACCAGUUGGUUCACCAAACCGCAAACCUUUCUAACCCUUUGGAGGUCAAUCGAAGAUGGAUCUUACAGUUUAGUUUACAAAACGGAAGUUCACCCCUCAAAUCACAAACCCGAUUGGAGUGUUAUUCAUAUUUCGGCACGGACACUUUGUAACGGAGAUUUUGACCGUAACAUCCGAAUCGAUUGUAUGAAAUACAAAAUGUCUGGAGCCCACAGCCUGAUUGGCUCUUUCAACACAACUCUUAAUGAUUUAACCCAAAGAUUUGCUGAACCUUCAAGGCACAAAUUAACGCUGACUAAUACCAAGAAUAGAUCAACUAAUUGUGGAUUUCUCCAGCUAAUGAAUUUAGAAAUUGAAGAGGAAGUUUCAUUUCUCGAUUUCAUCAAAAGCGGAACUCAGUUACACUUCGCCGUGGCCAUUGAUUUUACCGCUUCCAAUGGAGAUCCAAGAUAUCCUGAAUCAUUACAUUACAUUAGCUCAGCGAAACCCAAUCCCUAUGAAUUGGCUUUAAACGCAAUCGGUGAAAUCCUCAAACCUUACAAUUCACUAAACGUGUACCCGGGCUUUGGUUUUGGUGCUAAACUGUCCCCACAAGCCCUGGUUUCCCAUCAUUUCCCUUUAAAUGGUAAUGUUAGCCAUCCAUACUGCCAAGGAAUUGAAGAAAUUAUUAUGCACUAUCGAUCAACCGUCAAUCAAGUUACCUUUUAUGGGCCAACCAAUUUUGCUCCGGUUAUUAAAUCAACGGCCACAAUUGCCCGUCAAUACGAUGCUGGAAGUAGUUACUUUAUUUUACUCAUAAUCACCGACGGUAUUAUCUGUGAUAUGCCACAAACCAAGCAAGCAAUAAUUGAUGCCUCACAUUUGCCUCUAUCAAUAAUAAUUGUCGGAGUUGGAAAUGAUAAUUUUGAUGCUAUGGAUGAACUUGAUUCAGAUGAUCAUCUACUUGAAAUCAAUGGUAAAAAAGCUGUUCGUGACAUCGUACAGUUUGUCCCAUUACGAAAGUACGUUAACUCGGACGGGAUUUGGCUUCACUCAAUGGAAAGUCUCUCCAAGGAUGUUCUCUACGAAGUUCCCGAUCAAUUGGUAUCAUUCAUGAGAGCCAAAGGAAUUAAACCUAAAAGAACUGCACCUUAAUCAAUUAACGAUUAAUUUGUUGUGUUUUUUUAUUUUUCAUUAUCUUUUCGACAUUAAUCUCUUCCAUUCUCGUCGAUUGUUGUGUUUAAUGUUCAAUUAUAAUUAUAUAUCAACACAUCUGAAUGAUUACACUAAUUAACUAAUCAAAUACCCUCCUCAAUGGUACACAAUUCAAGUGAUUAUUGACUUAUCAUUGACCAUUAACUUUUGUCUCUCUAUUUCACUUUAAUCAGCACAGAAUCAACAUCAACAAUGAUUUUCACACUCAUUUCUGCUCAAAUUCAUUGACUUGUUCAUGUCGACACACAUUUUUGAUCACUUAAACUCACAAUUAAAACCCUAAUUAAGCCAAAUCUGUUUCUAUUACUUGGAUCAACACAAAUUUCAAUUGUUAAUUGUUUCAAUUUCAUAUAUUAUGUUAUUUCACCAAUAAGGACAAAUCAAACCAUUGGACCAAAAUUUUAUUAUAUUUGAUUGUUUUCUCAUAAAUAAUAAAUUGUCUUUCUAAUCAACAGUUAAAA